UCCCCUUCCCAGGCCCCAGGCGGGUUUCCUUUGUUCCCCGCCCCGCUGCUGGGCUCCCGGCGUCCCAGAAAAGGGCGUCUAAGGAGUCCCAGGCGGACAGGGCGGGGCCUGAGGUCUCAACCCGCAACGGAGACUCCGCCCACUUCAGCACAGCUGCGCCGAUCCCACCUGAGGAUCUUGGAUUUGUCAUCUCAGAGUACUGUGUUCCAGUCUUGAACUUCCGGUCCUUCAAGAUACGGGGUCCAGGCCUCUCCGUCCCCUUUCAAAGCCCCAGAGGUCAAGGUUCCUAGUGGCCUCAGGAACAGGAGUCGUAGACCCCAGGUCUGCCAAAUCCAACACUGGGGAGUUGAGGCCCCCAGUCCUCCUCCCUCAGACCCGGGACUCCAGGCAGAAGUCACAACAACUGCAGGCUACCCCCAUCUCUAACUCUCAGGACCUUUCCUGAUUUACUGGCUUUGAUCUCGCUCUCUGUGGGGGCCGGGCCCUCUCCCCAGUCCAGGUCCCAUUCCGGCCUAGGCGAUGACCCUGGCGGCUUCCUCUCAGCGCUCCCAAAUCAUCCGAUCCAAGUUCCGAUCUGUCCUCCAGCUUCGGAUCCACAGACGGAAUCAGGACCCAACCUCAGAUCUGGAUCCGUGGAUCUCAGCCCCAGGCCUAGCUCUGGCCCCAGCCUUACCCUCUGCCCCAGCCCCUUUCCUCUUCGGCCCUGGGGUCCUGCUCCCUGAUCCAGAGCGUUGCCCAUGGCAACACCCACAGCAGGAGUCGCCCAAGGUCUCCCCCCACUGGAGAGCGCCCAAGCCCCAAGCAACCUUGACCUACCACCAGUACAGGCCCCCAGAGCAGGGCUACAGAGCCAGGGGAGAGCCAAGGGGGCCACCUCCAUGGGGUGGGACGAGCUCACGGCAGCCAUCUCCUAGGAUGAAGCCCACACCCCUCACUCCCUCCCCACCAGGAGUCUCCAGCCCCUCGCCUUCUCCACACAGGUUGGAACUUCAGACCCUUAAGCUGGAAGAGCUGACGGUCUCAGAACUCCGGCAGCAGCUCCGCCUGAAGGGCCUCCCGGUAUCAGGGACCAAGUCAAUGCUCUUGGAGCGCAUGCGCAGCGGCGCCCCACCCCGCGAGCUGCAGAAGCAGCGGCGCGAAGGAAACGCAGCCGACACUCCCUGGCCGCGUCUCAGACCCAAAGCCCUGGGAACCUCCCGGCGGCAGAGAGGGGUCAAAGCAAAUCCCGCGCCUCCCAGGCCACCUCUUCCACAUUCUGGGGAUGCCGUGGUAACAGCCCCAGCUCCUGUUCCGACUCAGCCUCUGGCUCCAGUCCUGACACCUUCCUCAGCACCGGCCCCAGCGGAUCUGACUUUGGAGGAGGAGCUGCAGGAAGCGAUCCGGAGGGCACAGCUGCUUCCGAGCCGGGGUAUCAAUGACAUCCUGGAGGAUCAGGUGGAUCCUGAUGACCUGCUGCCCCCCAUCCCCCUGGACUUCCCCAGCUCCUUCGACGUCCUGUCCCCCUCCCCGGACUCCGAAGGCCUCUCUGUUUUCUCCUCUUCGCUCCAGUCCCUGGUGAACUCCCCUUCCUCCUCUCCUGGGGCUCCUACAGAGGCCUUGGACUGGCUGGAGGCCCUGAGUGGGGGUCCUCCGCUGGGUUCUGGCCCCCCAGGCCCCAGCAUCUUCUCUGUUGACUUAUCUGAGUUUGGUGGUGCCCAGCUGUGGGACCUGCUGGAGGACCCGUGGUGAUGGAUUCUGGGGCAUCCAGGGACUGAGAACUGGUUGUGGUGGAGGCCACAGAGAGACUCCCCUGGAGUACAGAGCAACCAACAGAGCCCCUCCUGCGGCAGACACAGAAUCAAAGACAACCCCUGUGCCCACCUGUCCCAGAACUGCUGCUGCCACCCAGCCCACCACCUGGACUUUGCCUGCCUGGCUCACCUGUGAUCUGGCUGUUUCCACAAUUGCAAUGGGGUGGGGACUCCUGUGCUGCUGGCCAGGCCAACAUGCUGCUUGCUGCUUCCUUUGGAGGCCUCAUGGGUGAUUUCUCCCCAACCCGCACCCCCACAUGAUGGCUGCUUGUUGUCUGGGGAAUCUGGAAGGUGGUUCUGGCUGUUUGGAUGCAGGAGAAGGGCAGGGAGGAGUAAGGAAAACAAAGAGGGAUCCAGGCUCCUGGGUUUUAGUUGGAGGCAAGAAGAUGAGAAGUAUCCUGUCUGAGGUCAGCUUUUUUUGGAAGCAGAGCCUGGGCAAGAUUCAGGUGCCAGUGAUUUGCUUCCAGGAGAAAGCACUAAGGGAGUAAAGGGAAGGGAUGGCAAAAGGGAAGAAGAAGAAGAGCAAGCGUGCCCUCAGGUUGACCAGCCACCUCAGCCUGAUCCUGGGAGGCACCAGGAACUGGCACUUUGUGUCUCCCCAUCUGGGCUUAUGAUUAUUGAAGGUGUAAAACAAUAACCGGGGCCACUCACCAUUGCGAUGGUUGACUGGGCUCUACAGGGCGGUUCUGCAGUUCCACAGGGUGCUGACCAGAGAUGCAGACUUCUGGGGCCCAGCUGGGCUGGGACAUCCAAGGGGAGGACUCAGGUGUGUUGGGGACCUUGGCAGGGGUGCCUGGACUGCUCUUUCUCUGUGGAAUGGCGCACUUCCCCUUUCCACAUGGUCUCUCCAGCAGGAUGUCUGGGCUUCUGUGGUACUAUCACCAGCUGGCAUGUGUGUGAUGGAAAUUAGACAUGGCCUGAUUCUUGAGCCUGCCCACAGCAGUCACCACUGUCCACCCUCUUCUUCAGGGCCUUCUCAUCUGCUUCUAUGGUGUUACCCACUGGCUGAGAGUUCUUGCUCAGAUCGUAUAGAAAUCAAGAAUUGGCAAGGUGCAGCUCUUUCUAUGCUCAUGGCCCUGGGCUUUAAAUGCCAGUGGCUCUCAGCUCUGUAGGUGUUAGUGCCACCACCUCACCCCACCCCCGCAACUUGGAGCAUGCAGUUACUACAGGCCAUGGGAAGUUCUGGAAUUGGCAGCUCCCAGCAACUCUUCAUUGCUCUCUGGAUGUCAGGCAUCUGUGUUACCAGCUCUGUCCACUCUUGGUGCCAGCUGCCUUAGGUGUUACCUAAGGUAGCUUAGCAAGGGCUACUCAAGACAGAAACCGAGCUGGAUGUGGUGGUGCACACCCGUAAUCCCAGCAUUUGGGAGGCUGAGGCAGGAGGAUCACCGAGAAUUCAAGGCCAGCCUGGGCUACAUAGUGAGUUCAAGGCUGGCCUGAACUAUAUAGCAAGACCCCCCCCCCCCCCCCCGUCUCAAGCCAAAACAAAACAAAAACAAACAAACACACACAAAAACCACAGAAGGGAAGCACUGUCUGGAAGAGCUUUAUCAGAACCCAUGCUGCACAGAGAGGAGCAGUGCCCAGGCCACAGAGUUCCAGGCCAGCUCGAGCGACAUAGCAAGACCUUGUCUCAUAAAAACAACAAAACGUAUUUCUCAGAGUGUCCGUGGGGCACAUGGCGCCACUGUCCCUGGGCCACAAGACAUUUGGGGCAGCCACAGAAUAAAAGUGCCUUCUAGGAGAACACUGGACCCUCUCCCUGUCUCAGGAUUCAGGGCUACCAAGAGUGAGCAUUCCUAGGGGAGGGAGAGGAAGAUGCCAGUGCCUUAAAGACUUGGCUUGGAACUGGCCCAAUCAUACAUCUGCUGCUUUUCCUCAGGCUGAACCAGACUGAAGGGGGGGAGGGGACUACACAUGUGGGCAUAUCAGAGUGGGCAUUGAUUGCCACUGUGCCCCCUGCAGUCCACCAUGAGCCAUGAGUAACAGGAAUCUGUGAGGGAGGGAGGAGAAGGAAGGGAGAAAGGACAGAAAUGCUUAGGGAUUUCCAGCCCAAGGACUGGCCUGGGGAGCAGGUCAUAGGGUAAGCCAUUUAGCAGCAGUGGCUUUGUGUAUGUGUGUGUGUGUGUGUGUGUGUGUGUGUGUGUGUGUGUAAAACAGGGAUUAUAGGUGUGCACCAUGCCUGGCUUUGUUUUUAUUUUUUGAGGCUGGGUCUCACUGUAGUCCAGGCUGGCCUGGGACUCACUAUGUAGCUGAGGCUAUGUCCCCGAGUUGCCCAGCCUUCUCUCUCAUUCUCCAGGAAGUUACCUAUACUUCCCCUAAUCUCGUUUCUCCUUCAUGGCAGAUGAUGUGCUACAUCCUGGCUUGGAUGAAUGUCAUUUUUAUCCUUGACCACCAGGUAAACCUCCUCUCUGAUCCAAUCACAGGAUGGCUGCUUGUUGUAAGGUAACCUGAGUACACCCUUGUAACCCAUCAGUGGAAUCUCAGUCAAUGACAGCAGCUGAAACUCCAGUCAGUCAGAGCCUGAAAGCUACCCAAACCUGCCCAUGUAAGGCAAAUAGGCCCAAAGCCAAUCAGGUUGCUAUUGACGGUCAUUCCUUUUCUCUGGUUACAGAUACCAUCUGCACAUGUAACAGUCUGGAGCAGUCUGAACCAUCCUGGGCUGGAGUGCCACACCAAUCUAGAAUGUUUUUCCUGGCUAAGCAAACUUUGUUAAGUUUAA